UAAAGUUAAUAACAAAUAUUAUUCUUUUUGCCUGUCAAAGGGGAGAAUAACGUCCUUUUUUGGUGUGGUUCUAUAUUGAUGAAAAAAGAGCAUGCUUGUUAAUGUAUUUCAGUACGCACGCUCUUUAUCGUCAUUGAGAUCUACUUAAAUAUGAGGACACCAUCCAUGCCACAGCGACACAACAACCAUUGAACAUGAGGUGCCUAAAUCUUCAAGCAAGUGCUAUUGAUGACGUAACAACCAUUUGAUUGGACACGGUGUAUUAAUUUGGUUUUUUUGAGGUUUUUUUGAUCGGAAAAAGAUAGGCGAGGUUGCCAGGAGCCAUUGAAGUGGAUAGGUGGUAUUAGUUCGAUUGAAAGCAUGCAACAGCCUGAAUCUCGCUCUUCCUCGAGUACGCCUUCUAGUGCUUCACCGACUCAAUUUUCACAACCUUCUUCAGAGCUCAAACCCAAUGCGGCGACCACGACGAAUGCACGUCAGGCACUGGGCGACCAGCUGAACGAACUAUUGCAAGUGCUUUUUGAAUUGAGCGUGAUCGUCUAUGAUUUCCAACCGGAUGGCAAUAAGCUCGUAUGGAACAAAGUGAACACGGUGAUUGAUCACUACAAAAAGAUUGACGAACUGAAAAACGAUAUUGAUGCUUACAUUCCAGAAGAAGUGAUAAACUAUGUGGAGACGGGCAGAAACCCGGACAUCUUUACCCAAGCAUUUGUGGAAAGAGCCGCCACAGAAAAUCAAUUCACCAACGGGAAAAUCCAAGCCAUCAGUGACUUCAAGUCAAUGCUGUCGACUGAAUUCGCCAAAUCGUUCCCGGAUUUGUACGAUAACACCGAUCUUUUCGCCAACACUUCCUCCGAGAACAGCAGCUCCUAAGCCAUUGUCUUUUUUUCCCCUUGUAUUUCCUUUUCAUUGCGCCCACCCUCCAUGAUUGACUCCUCCUCAACAUCAGCAUAUCUACCUUUUUAUAUAUAUAUAUAUAUAUACACACACGCUACACUUGGUACAGCGUUUUCUAUUUAUCGCAACCGACGCCUUUGAUCAAAUAUGAGAAAUCACCCAAAUGGAAGGCUGAUUAUGGAAGAUAUCUGCUAUUUGAUCGAUUCUCUAUGUGACAAUUCUAAGCACCAAAAGGAAGCCUCGUUAUGGAUUAUGAUGUGCAAUGACUCGUAACGCCUAGAUUAUCUCGAUCUGUACCUUCAGGGAUAUCUGGAUGGCAGCCUAAGGAGUGGAGGAUUUCUCACGUCAAUAAAACGUAGCACACAGGCCUUUAUAAAUAAGAAAACAACCAUCUCUUGAUACAAAUCAUACUU